AUGGCACCUCGCUGUUCGUGCUGGUUCCCAGUGUACUUCUUGGUGUCCGUGACACUGGGAGUCAUCGCAAUAUCCUCCGCCGUGCAUUCCAGCUCCAAGAACUCCUCCCAAGAAGUCACACCCCCAAUACCCAAUGACGUCUCCCUCAACGCCUCCGAAGCCCUCCGCCGUGCCGGCUUCACCGUCAUCGCCGACCUCCUCCACCACAAGCCUCCCUUCUUUCAUCCCCCCAACAACUCCACCAUCUUCGCCAUCAAAGACUCCGCCAUCACAGACAACUCCUCCCUCCCUCCAUGGCUCCUCAAGAACCUCCUCCUCUACCACACCGCCACCUCCAUCUACACCAUGCAAGACCUCCUCAACAACACCACCCUAGGCUCUUGCCUUCCCACCCUCUUCCGCCAGAAGAAGCUCUCGGUCACCAAAAUCGAUCCCAACCUAAGAACAAUCGAGAUCAACCGCGUCCUUAUCUCAAACCCCGACAUCUACCUCGAUUCUCAGCUCGCCGUUCACGGCGUUCUUUCACCCUUCGCUUCUGUUCGCCGUCAAGAUCCCCAGUCGUGGGGCUUGGACGACGCUCAGCCACCAACUUGUCGCGUGAACAUGAACACAAGAAGAAACCCUCCGCCGGCUCAAGCCUCUAAUGGCUAUAGUAGUUCUUCGAACAACCAAAGCGCUAUUGAGUGGAACAGGAUCGUGCAGUUGCUGGGUUCAAAAGGUUACUCGUCGUUUUCAAUAGCCCUGCAUUCGGUUCUUGAAGGGAUUUCGAAGGACUCGGUGGGUUUGACGUCUGCUACGAUCUUCGCGCCUCCUGAUAUGGCGCUUCUGGGGUACCCUUCGACGUUGCUUGAUAGGGCUGUGAGGCUUCACAUUCUGCCAAAGAGGCUGACGUAUCAGGAGCUGACGUUGUUGCCGGUAAGGAGCUUGUUGAGGACUCUGAUGCCUGAUGAUGAGCUUGAAAUCGAUGGGGUUCUAGGGUUCCUGCCUGGUGUUGUUAUCAGUGGCGUUGAGAUUGUAGCACCUGACAUGUUAACUUCUGAUGGAUUCGUCGUUCAUGGCAUUUCUAGACCUUUUAAGAUGCCUGAGCUUACUGCUUGAGUUUCAAUUUCAAUAUGGUUCGUCCAUACUUAUAUGAUUCAUGUAACUUUUGAUUUUUCUUAUUUUGUAUAGUUGCCUCUGUUUCUUAUUGUU